AUGCCGUCAGCUAACGUUGGCCGUCCUCCCGAACCACCACUUCCAUUCUCCUCCUCCCCCACCGCCUCAAAGUCUACCGCCGUGGCGUCCGUCACGCACACCAACAGUACACACAAACCUGACACACCAACAAAAACCAACACCACCACCGUCAACGCCAGUGGUGAGUACCUGGUCUAUACCUGCCCUCACUGCGACCGCACCUUCACCUCACACAUCGGCCUGGUCGGUCACUUUCGAGUCCAUCACACAGAGACUUGCGGACCAGUGCCUGGAGCACCAGCCUACACCCGCCACAUUCUUCACCACUGUCCACACAGCCCUCGCACAUUCAUACACCUUAUGGGCCUAUUCGGCCACAUGCGUAUCCAUGAGAGCGAAAAUGACCGCAGCCCUGACACACCCAGCACACCCACCAUGCAUUGCCCCGCCCACGCUCCGCGGACCGGUGCGCCCACCGCUACCAGCUGCACCACACUCAAUACAUCCUGCACACCCAACAUGCUCAGCCCAACCUACACACCUUCUCGCAGCGCGCCCACCACCACCGAAGCUAAUACUGAUCUCGCGGACUCCUCGUGUCCACAAUGUCUGGACGAAGACGGUACGUCGAGCACCGUAAGUCGGAAGGCAGCCGACUGA